AUGGACUCCGGCGCAACAGCAGAUUCCCCGUCCCUUCCAUGGCGGGCCAUGUCCAACAUGACCAUGUGGGGGGUGGCUGGGCUGUGUCGAGCGUUCUUGUCGGCCUUGAACAGUGCAGAGGUUCAUGGCGGCGAAGCUUUUACGGCGCUGCUGGACUCGCGGCAGGAUCCGUCGCAAAGGUCGAAGGGCUUGAUUACAGUGUCAAAUCAUAUCAGCGUUAUGGACGAUCCGUUAGUAUGGGGACUACUUCCUAUGCGAUUCUGGAACAAGAGAUGGUCAUUCGGCAGUCAUGAUAUUUGUUUCCAGACCAGGCCCCUGUCGCUUUUCUUUGCCAUGGGACAAGUGCUUCCGACGCAUCGCCUCGCGCAUUCCCAGUUUGGUGGACUGGGUCAGCCUGCGGUCACGCAGGCGAUUCGCCUAUUGUCCCAGGGUCCCUUCCCGGUCGAUCACCACCGGGCUACCCCCGAACGCCAGCACUUUAGCCUCCAAAACGUCUGCAUCGAUCCCUUCUCCGACCUUUCUAUCGCAUAUACUACCAACGGCGAGGACGCGCAUCUGGCACCCUCUGCAUACUCGAGCAACGCCUUCUCGUGGGUUCACAUUUUCCCCGAGGGCAAGAUCCACCAGGCACCGCGCAAGACUAUGCGCUACUUCAAAUGGGGCAUUGCGCGACUCAUUCUCGAGGCAAAGGAGUGUCCGGAUGUAGUUCCCAUGUGGAUUCAGGGCUUCGAUGACAUUAUGCACGAAAGCCGCGAGUUCCCACGAUUUCUUCCUCGCGUUGGCAAAAAGGUCAGCGUCACGUUCGGCUCCAAGGUCGACUCCGAGGAGGUAUUUGGUGAUAUGAGAUCGCGCUGGCAGAAGCUGAAGGACAGGGUCGCACAGGCCGACCCUCAAUCCCGAGAUCUGCCUGUCGGUGUCUUGAGUGACGAGCUCUUGAACAACAAAGAAGCUGUUGAGUUGCGGAAAGAAGUUACUAUGAAGAUCAGGAAUCUUGUACUUGACGUACGACGGUCUCGCGGUCUUCCCGACGAGGAUCCUAAAGAAGGACUUGUCGAGACGUGGCUUGAAGAAGGACCCAAGCGUGAGGGUCAUAUGAAGGAUGAUUCCUGGGUUCGAGAUAUCUGA